AUGUUUCGUCAAGUGAAAAGUCGAAUUCGCCACAGCUGUUCACCGGCAUUGUUUGUUUACAAAAUGUGUUUCAGGUCGAACGUGUUUCGGUUGCGAAAGUUAGUUUUUAGUGAAAAUGUACGUUAUUACGCUGGUAUUUAUCAGAAAAAUCCACAGCUCAAGCCAGCGACGGCAACGAUUGAAACAAUUAAGGCUAAGCUUACUGAGAGCAACACACUAACGACAGAAGAAUGGAGAAACAUUCGGUUGGAUAUAUUGAACGAACGAAGGUUCAACAAUACAAAUGUUGAUAGCGUUGUGCUGGGGCUUUGUCCAAAUUUGCGUAUCGGAAAAUCAUACGUUAGUUUUUUGCAACAGCAAGGACUUCAAACGAACCUAGCCAUCGUUGGAAAGUUGCUACGGCUUUACCGCUUAAAAGAGGAUGCAAUAAGCGAGCAAGAUGAAGCUGACAUUUGGCGGAUGUACACUGAACUACGGGAACAGAAUGCAAUUCUCGAUGCCAAUACAUGCGAGCAUGCGAUAAAUGCAUUGACACUCACCAAGCACUGGAGGCAUUGUUUGGAGUUGUUGGAAAUGAUCAAAAUCACUGGUACACCAGAUAGCUCAUCGUACAAUUGCAUUGCGACUAAAGCUUUCCAGACAGGGGACGAAUCAACGGGCUGGCUAAUUUUGCAGGAAAUGUGUGAGAAUAAGCGCAUUCCGAACGAUGAAAGCUUCCUAGCGUGGAUAGAAUAUAGCCGUAUUCGAGAAGGUCAAAGCUUUUCGAGAAAUCUGGAACGAAUGUUGAAAUUCACCAACGAUCAUGCUGUAUUCCUAUCGAAACGCAUCGGGAACGAGUUGCUGCAGCUGCCACAGGAUCUUGGUAUCAAUGUGCAUAAAACACGCAUCACGGAUAGUGGGAAGUGUUCCCACUGCAAAGGAAACCUGUCCAGCAUUAUCGUGACGAAAGACAUGUUCCAGCGGAUGAGGGAUGCGUUUCUCGAGGCGGUGCUUAUUAAUAGAGAGAUUUUUAACCGCACUACCCCGGAAGAGCUGAACCGUUUCCAAACGUUUCUAAAGAAAACUCUCCCGUACGACGUGGUAAUUGAUGGGCUGAAUGUGGCUUUCUCUUCCGGUAAUCAAAAAAAUCCCACCGUUUACGCGCAACAAGUAGCCGCCGUUGUUCGGCAUUAUGUCCGGCAAAAGCAGCGGGUGCUUGUUAUAGGCCGACGGCAUAUGGACAAGUGGCGAUCGAAGGAGAUGAAGUACAUUCGCGAAAACAGUUUUCUGUUCCUUACCGAAGAUUUGUCCCAGGACGAUCCGUUUCUGUUGUACGCUGCGCUGGAAAGUGGUCCAAAGACAGAUUUCUUUUCGCGGGAUCUUAUGCGAAAGCAUUCGUUUAUGCUGGGCGAUGAGCUGAGCGGUGUGUUUAAACGCUGGCAACAGGAACAUCAGUACUCGCUGCUUUCCAUCAUGCCGGAUGGACGUGUUAUAAUUAAGGCCCCGUUCAAAUAUGAUCUCUACGCGCACAAGUCCAGUACAAAUCAAUGGCACGUGCCGCUGAUAGAGCAUGGAAACCGUAUUCCAAAGAUCGAAAAGCAAAACGAUUGGCUUUGUAUGAGCAUAAAAUGA